AUGGCGAAAGUAAUCUUCACAGCAUGGAAGAAUAAGUCGGAGUUGCUGGAGGUCAGGGAUCAGUUUUAUCCGUCAGCGUCCUAUGACGGUCCGGACAACCGUCCUCUCGCUUGUAGCAUUGUCGAAGCUUGGAAGCUGCGUGGGAAUGUCCCGCACCAUGUUGAGGCAACUGCCUUGUUGACAGAUGCUAUUCUCCACGAUGAUGCACAAAACAAUUCAAUCUUCUCAAUUCGAGCUACUUACUCCGCUGCUUUCUGUCGGUUCGUCACUGGUCUCGUGGAUUCAAAAAUCACAGGUCCACGCAGAACCAUGUUCCAGCGUGCUGUUGAUCUAGGUCUUCCUGCAUCAUUUGUUGAGUUACGUCAUGAGGCAACUCACCGCGAACCUCCAUCACUGGUGGUGCUUCGAAAAUCUACACAACGUUCUCUCGAAUGGCUCUGGGACAAUUACUGGGCUGGAGUCGAAUGCCUGGGCGCAAAUGCAUCGAUUGACCCCAAAGAUGGAUCCUCUACUAAGACACUUAUCACCCGUCUUCUAAACGAGUUUUUGGAUAGCUCGGAGUCCUCGGAACCUCAACGCAAGAAACGGAAGCGUGAUCAAGAUGCCUCCAUUGCCACGGAUGUGAUUUCGGUCUGCGACUCAUCGAAAGACGGGUCCAGAUUGUUGCUUGAUAUCUUCUUGGAGGAAUCCUUAUUGACUGGGUCUGAGCGGAAGCUUGGAGAAUCGAUGAAUGCGAAUUUCGACAAGUGGGAUACCUUUUUACAAAAGAUCACUGAAGCUCAUCCCAGAUUCUUGACAUAUCUCUCUGAAGACCUGGUGCAUAGCUUGUUUGUGGAUGCGACAAAGGUCUCACCGAAGAAUGCAUCAACCGAAGCGCUCUUCCUUUGGUUAACUCACAUCAUGACCUCCUCCGCUUGGGAGAUUUACCAGCCGCACUGUCCUCGCAGCUACAUUCUUAGUUCAUGCGACGAGAACCCGAACUACUGGACCAAACUGUUGACCGAUAGAUUACGCAAGCACGGCGGCGUAAGGAGGAUAAAGACUUCCUCUCGAAAUUCCCACGAGACCCCUGCGAAGAAAGCUACUCGACAGAAUGGCGAUCAGGCUCCAUCGUCCAGCGUUGAUAAAACACUAGCUGGGUUUGGAUGGGAGCCAGUUCAAAAGUGGGAUAGUCGGGCUCUGGGUGUUGCGGCAACUGUUUAG